AUGGCGGCCAGACUCCUCCCCUCCGCUGUGCGCCGCAUUCUGCUGGAGAACAACCCAAUGUGGUACCUCAUUGGCAACACGAAAGGCAGAAGUCUGUUGGAGGCGCAAUGCAAAGAAGCGCCGGCGGUCAGCAUUCUCUCUUUGGGCUGCGGUGACAUCCGAAACGUGCUUGCAACUGCUGCGGAAGGGAUCCCUCGACAGCCAAGUCCAGCUGUCGCCACCCGUGUGAAGAAAUCAGUUGGGGGCGGUUUUACUACUUCUGCUCUGAACUUCCACUUGAAUGACAUCAAUCCAGUGGUCAUGGCUCGUGCGGCGCUCCUGCUUCAGAUCUGCGCUUCCAUCGAGCCUGACGUCAGCGCCGACCUGGACUUUCUCUGGGCGAAGCUACUUGAGGAGAGCGGGAGGGGGCAGCUUGUCAACAUCACAAGAGAAGAGGACCGCAGUGCCUUGGUUCGAAUCUGGAGGCAAUGGCUGAAGACUUCGGAGCUGCCGUCAGUGCAUGCCGUGAAGCAGGAGCGGCGCGCAAACUUGCUCAGAAACCUGGAGCGGGUGGGGGCCCAAGGGAAGGGGCAACUCGAUCCCCCCAGCAUGAUGCGUCAGGCGAUGCCGCUUCUCAGGCCCCAGAAAGAGCAGGACGAGCUGAUUGACGGUUGUGGGACCUCAAUGGCAAUGCUGGUUUUCGAGGGGCUGGGUGAGAGGAACGGCGCCUUGGAGCGCCGAGCUGUGAAUGAAUGUCGAGAGUAUUUUCAGACGGGGAGCACAGCGGGAGAGCUGGAGAGGCCCUUUCUCAACCCGACGCUGCUCGAUCCCGAAACUCGAGCCUGGCACGUGCAUUACGGUUCGUGCCCCUUCCUUGCGUAUUUCCCGCUAGGUGCCAAGUCAAUGGAAGAAGCACAGAAGCGAGCGCUCCAUGGACAAUAUUUGGUGACCUUGUGCAAGGGACAUCUGAAGGCGCAGGUGACGGGAUUUCAGGCCUGGGGGGAGAGCCUGAGGGUCUGGCUGUGGCCGGGGGACGCGAUCAAGCUCUGCCUGUACGAGAUGCCAGGUGUUGCAGAGUUUGACGCCAUCGACACGUCCAAUCUGAGCGACCAUGUGGGGCUGCUGAACCUGCUAGUGGGCGCCGCACCCUUGCUGAAACGGUCUUCCAACUCCGGCCUGUACACCGCCUCAAUCACAUGGCCUGCUGCCGCCUCCACCUUUCCGGAUUACCUGGACCUCGCUCUGAGUUUCCCCCCUGAGAUGGCGCCUUCCAUCCUCGGGUUAAGGCUCGUGACUGACCUUCCAGAUGGGGAGCCAUGUCCCCCCAACUCUAGCCACUCGCUUAGAAUGUGCUGCCCAAAGAUCGUGGUCACAAAAGAAGCGGGCAGCGCCAGCUGUGCUUUGGACGCGGUGACGCCACUGACAGCUGUCCUCAAUCUCCAGCGCAUGGCGGAGCGGAGGGUCCUUGAACAGGCUUCUGCACUUGAAGCGCAGACUUUUCUGAGCGCAGAGGAGUUUGGUGACACGCAUCAAUUGUUCCAACUAGGAUGGGACACCCUCCAAGCGACUCUGACUCUGCAGAAAGAAAAGGCUAGCGACAAGGGUUUGGCUUCAGAAGCAGGGCCGUCGCCAUCUGUUACGGUCUUUGAGUCUUUGAUGGACAAAGACCUCCUAAGCAGCAUGUUCCACGGAGUCACCAGAAGCAUGCCGAUGCUGCGUCUCAUUCUCGUGGAGAAGCUCCCCCGCCUCAAGGACUCAGCCAGUUUGGCCCCCCUCCUCUUAAAUGCUCUUAAGUCCGACUCCAACACGCGCUCACUUCACAUACUGGACAGCUUUGUUCUCGACAGUGACGAGCCCCGCCUGUCGUUUCUCCUGAAGUCGGACCAUGGGCUGAAAGCUGAGGACACGUGGGCAGUCAUUGCGGACAUUCACAGCCUGCUUCCGCUGUACGCACCGAAGAAACUGUCGGACUUCCGGACGUGUGCUUUCGAGCUUGGGUCGGAGGGACUCAGCUCUGCGCAGAGUGUGGGAGCGUCUCGAGAGGAAGCGACUGACCUCCAGCAAGGAGCGUCAGACCUUCAGGUGUCCGCCGUGGUCGAGUACACGGACCACUACGUGGCAGUUCUUCGCUUCCCGCCCGGAUCGAAAGGAGCGCUCGAGGUUCGUGGUGCCGACUCGGCUGAAGGGAAAAGCUGUCACGCAAUCGUUGUAAAGCUCGGGGAGGCAGAAGAGUUUGCGGCGUCUCUGCGCUUCUUACACCCCGUGGACGCAUCGAAGGCCCGCUGCCAGAUCUCCCGCAAGAGAGGCCUCGUUAGCUGCACGCUGCCCAAGUCUGCCCACUGGCCGUCCGACGCCUCGGGCCAAAACAAGGCCUCCCAGAUCGACAUCGGCAGUCUUCCCGUGUGGCCGGCAACAGACGUCGGGGGCCUGAGCUCAGUCCUGGGGCUCAUGUUCACGUUAGAGGAGUCUUUGAGCAAAGUGCGGGGCACGCAGUACCAAGACUCCAACCGGUCCCCCUCGUUCGAUCUGCGAGAGACGCUGCAGAUUCUGUUCGUGCGGGCGUUCCGGGACGGGUACAAACGGCACGCGAUCAAGCUGAAGAGCGACGGACCGGAAGACGAGGCCCGUCUGUCGAUCUUCAUCAAGUCGCUCCGCAAAACAGCAAAGGGUAUGCCCCUGCUCGAGCUCGUAUACGCCGAUCAUGCACAAGCCCGCGCGCUUUUGAACGCGGGCAAGAUCGUGGGCAUGGAAUCCGUCCAGCGGUUCACGGCAGCCAUGCACAGCGUCGGCGGUCACGCGGAAUGGCACACAGUGCUGGUAUCGUCCGCCGAGCUGGAGCUUCUGCGGACAAUGCUGGAGAAGAACGCGACACGUAGCAAGCCGUCCGCUUGGCAAGUGGCGCAUACUCAAGGCCCCGAGUGGCGCGCAAGCCACGUGGUUCCGGUGUUUGGGGAGGAGAAGAAACGGGUCCUCGGCAGAGACGGCGACGGGCCGGGCAUGGAAGAGCUGCUGCGGUCGCUGGAAAAGGAGAGCGCCCAUCUGAGGGAUCCCCCUGCGCAAGCUUUGGAGGGGCGGCCAACUCUGGCGGAUCGUGGGCAAGGAGGACGGAGCGCCGGGCAGGGGGGUGCGGGAAAGGCCAAGCAAGCGGGGGGGGAAAAGAUGCCCGGACAGCGGGGGUAUGGCAGCGAAGCGACGGAGGGGGGAACAGCGAGAUUGACUGAUACGUGUGCUAAUUGUGGGCUUGGGGGGGGCGACGAACAGGGUGGAGUGGUUCUGAAGCAGUGCUCUCGGUGUAAGAAGGUGAAGUACUGCAGUGCUAGCUGCCAGAAAGCAGCAUGGGCCGGGCACAAGCCGCACUGCGUUGCGCAACCGUAGGCAACCUUUACGCCGUACGAUAGUUGCAUCAGCUGAUCCGGGAAAAGAGUCCGUAUUCGAAUGGGGUAGUGAGAGUGUCCUCAUGCCGUUCUUCUCGCCAACUCCCUAAGGACAUGCAAGACUGACAACCGCAAUGUACCCCACACGUCUAUGGAUUCGGAGCUUCACAUCACGAUUGAUCGUCUUGGUCAGUCCGUGCAAUCCGCU